AUUACGUAACAUUACAAUAUCUCAUAGUCGUGUCAUAUUGCGUAAAAUAUAAUUAUUAUUGUGAUUACGAUUUAAUAAAAUGAUAAUGAUGUAGGAUAAAAGAAAAAAAAAAAACAAACAAAAAUUGAAAAAAAAAAGAAAGAAAAGAAAAAUAAUUAUGAUUAUCAACGCAAUAGGAUAUAUAAUCAAUGAUAUUAUAAAGAAACAUACACAAGUACCUUUAGAUCACGGGAUAACUCGUGACUGAGCGAAUGUUCGGAUUAGAAGAAGGAUUUAACACAUGUGUCGUUUAAUAUAAUGACAUAAUAAAGAUAAAUCGUAUAAAUGUUUACAUUUGUGAGAAUAUUUUUAUGAUACAUCAAUGAAAGCUAACGAAGGAAUUUAUAAAAGUUAACCACGAAUUUUUAUUUGAGAAAUGCUAUCAUUUCUAAUGAAUCCGUCAAUCUUGAAAGAUAGAAUUUUUAAAUUCGUGUCAUUGUUACAAACUCGUAUCAUUUGACGAGAAAAAUUUUUUUAUAAAUAAAACGUCUACAGUGAUUUUUAUUCAUCUUGUAAUAAUAAAAAAAAUUUAGUUUCUUUAAAUAACUGAAAUAAUAUGGAGAAACAGGAUGACGUAUUGUUGCAAUUGCGAGUUGAAAGACCCCUUUAUGAACAAGAAACAUUAAACUUGGAUUAUUGUUAUGAACGACCCAGAACAUCUCCUUUAUAAUUUGCAGUGACUCAGUAUAUAAAAGAAUUUGUGAAAUGUAAAAAUUGGAAAUCAUGCAUUAGUUCAUCGAUACCAGCUGUGACAUGGCUUAAACGAUAUAGAUGGAAAGACGAUUUGGUUUAUGAUAUGAUUUCUGGUUUAACCGUAGCUAUCAUGCAUAUUCCACAAGGAAUGGCCUAUGCACUUUUAGGAAAUUUACCACCUGUAGUUGGAAUAUACAUGGCAUUCUUUCCAGUUUUAGUAUAUUUUUUUUUUGGCACAUCGAAGCAUGUAUCGAUGGGAACAUUUGCUGUUGUUUGUCUUAUGACUGGUAAAGCUGUGACAUCGUACUCAGUACCAUUAAAUGAUCAUCAAAAUGUUACAACAUUUACACAAAUGGACAAAGAAUAUAAUUCAUAUACAUCAAUUCAAGUAGCAACAGCAGUUACAUUAUCAGUUGGUAUAUUCCAAAUCAUAAUGUAUAUAUUUCGAUUAGGAGUUAUAAGCACAUUACUUAGUGAAACAUUAGUCAAUAGCUUUACUACAGGUGCUGCGAUCCAUGUUCUGCUAUCACAGAUCAAAGAUCUAUUAGGUUUAAAACUGCCAAAACAGAAAGGUUACUUUAAACUUAUUCAAACUGUUAUAAGUAUAGCCAAAGAAAUAUCAAAUAUAAAUGUUGCGUCUGCAAUUGUAUCAACAAUAGCAAUUAUUAUUAUGGUCUUUAAUAAUGAAUUUAUAAAACCAUGGGCUGGAAAAAAAUGUGGUGUUCCUAUACCCAUAGAACUUAUUGCUGUUGUUAGCGGUACCUUGGUGUCUAAAUAUGGCAAUUUAACCGAAGUAUACAACAUUCAAAAUGUGGGACACAUUCCUACAGGAUUACCAACAGCAGAAUUACCAACGUUAGAAUUAUUGCCUUUAGUUGCAGUAGAUAGUAUUGCAAUAACUAUGGUUUCUUAUACAAUCACCAUGUCAAUGGCUUUAAUAUUUGCUCAAAAACUUAAUUAUGAAGUAGACUCGAAUCAAGAACUAUUCGCUAUGGGAGUCAGCAAUAUAGUUGGAUCUUUUUUUUCAUGUAUGCCAUUUUCUGCAUCUUUAAGCAGAUCUCUAAUCCAACAAACAGUAGGUGGUCGUUCUCAGAUCGCUAGUAUUGUAUCGUGUUCCAUACUAUUGAUCAUUCUUUUAUGGAUAGGUCCUUUCUUUGAACCACUUCCAAGAUGUAUUUUAGCUUCAAUUAUAGUAGUAGCAUUAAAAGGAAUGUUACAACAAGCCACACAAUUAAUUAAGUUUUGGAAAUUAAGUAAAUCCGAUGCUAUAAUAUGGAUUGUAACAUUCUUGAUUGUAAUACUAGUUAGUAUCGAUAUAGGACUAUUAGCAGGAUUGAUAGUUUCACUUGCAAGUGUAUUAUUGCAAAGUAUUAGACCAUAUACAUGUUUAUUAGGUCACAUACCAAAUUCAGAUUUAUAUUUAGAUCUUAAUAGAUACAAAGCGGCAAAGGAAAUAGAAGGAAUCAAAAUUUUUCAUUACUCUGGAAGUUUAAAUUUCGCGAAUAGAGCUCAUUUCAAAUCUGAAGUCUAUAAAUUGAUUGGUAUUAAUCCACAAAAAGUUAUUAGACAAAGAUUAAAGCUUAAACAAAAAAAUAUUCAUUUAGAUGAACAGGAUUUUGAACAUAAGGAUGGUUUACGUUGUAUUAUUAUGAAUAUGAGUGCAGUUAGUUACAUAGAUCCGGCAGGUGUUAAUGUAAUACAUGCAGUAGCUUCAGAAUUUAGUGAAAUUCAAAUACAUUUUUAUUUAGCCAGUUGUACGAGUCCAAUAUUUGAGAUGAUAAAAAAAUGUGAAAUGUAUACAUAUAAAGAACUCUCAUUUAAAAUUUUUGCAACUAUAGAAGAUGCUGUAUCUUAUUCUCGAUCUGCUCUUUUAUCAAGAUGACCAUAUAAUACAUUGUACUUAAGAAUAUAUCAAUAUAUUAUUUUAAAAUGAGAUAUAAUUAAAAAAUAUUAUUUUUGCAUAAUACUUCAAUUAUUUUGUUGACAAUGAGAGGUCAAAUCAUGUAUACUUUGCACAUGUUAAUAGAGCAAAUCAAUUCGAAUUUCUAAUAUAAAAUAUAUCCUUGUACUUAGAUUUUUUAUCAUGUGAUAUAAAAAUUACAAAUGUACAUUAUUUACACUUAAAAAGCAUUUGACAAAUGCUAAGCCUUAUGUACAUAAUAUACAUGACAGUAAUUCAAUAAAAUUAAAGAAAUAUAUUUUUAGAACUA